UCAGGAACACUGACGAACGGAGUGGCGAAAAAGUACGGUUUAUGCGAGAUAAUAACCGCGGAUAUAAUUCGCCAUGAGGUGGCAAAGAGAUCGGAGAGAGCAUUGGCGCUGGCGCGUUUAAUUUCAGAGGGUCAGCUGGUGCCAAGAAGUAUAUUGGUGGAACUGAUUGCGCUGAAGAUGCUAGCUCAGUUGAGCAACAACAAAGGGUUUAUCGUGAGCGGUUUUCCACGGGAGCUGUCGGAGAGCGAACUCUUCGACAGAGAAAUACGACCACCCGAUCUCGUUUUAUACCUAAACGUGCGAGACUCCGUCCUGAGCGAUCGAAUAAUGUCCAGGUCUGUGAAAGAGACCGAGAGAAUGUCGAUCAACUUCGAUCAUAUAAAGAGCAUGAUCAACGAUUUUCAUAAACGUAACAAACCGAUAAUUAAAUACUACGACCAAGUACUGGUGAUGAUUGAUGCAGAACACGACACGUUGACUGUGUUUGAAGCUGUGUGUCAAGCCAUCGAUCCCGUUCUAGUGAAUUUUCCAGGCUUCAAUAUUGUUAUUGCAUCCACAUCAAAUUGUACUAAUGCAUCUGCUCAAAAGAAUACUAAUGCAAACGUAUCUAGUGCUACAAAUGCAACCACAUCAAAGUCUGAUAAUACAAAAGUGAAGAAGUAAUAUCCUUAUUAAAGAUGUUGUAUACAUAUCUACGUGCAUA